CCUAGUUUAGAAAACAGAUAUGCUCUCGUGCUUGGCAACGCGACGCAGUCUGGCUAAUCUGGUUUUAUCGAUUUCCAUUCCAUAGACGAUUUAUCAGUCCAUCAAAUAGAUCAGCCAGUGUCACUUUCUCCUUCAAGUAUGGCUUGCUCAGGAAUUGCUGAACACAACGAAGCCAGAAGGAAAGCAGGGCGAGCUGAAUUGCUGGCAUACAGGAAAAAAGAGCUGAUGGACAGAUUCACAGAUAAUGAUAUGAAUGGAAUUGUCAAUGGAAGGGGUACUUAUGAGGAAGAAAUUUUGAGAAAAUCAGGAUAUCCCUCUGGGGCAAAUAGUCCAAAUUGUGCUGCCAAUGUUGAUAGACAAAGGCGAGAAAUGAUACGUCAGCAACAGUUAGUGGAAUAUUCUGCAAAGCUCCCUAAACGAUUCAGUUCUACGGAUUAUGUCAGUCAGUGGUAAUAAAAUCAAGAUUCCUUUUAUUAACAAAGACUGUAUUUUGGCGACAGCGAGAGAAAAGAACACUUAAGUCUACCUUUCAUUUCGGAACAGUGAUGAAAACGUGUGUUUUAAAUUUCAGUGAAUUUUGUCAGUUCAAUCAAUAUUGAUCACCUCGAUGAUUGCAUAGAUAAAGAAUAUUUACUCCCCUCACAGAAUAAAACUUGAACUUGGAACUUUAAAUACACAAAUUGUAUUAGCUUUUAUGCAAGCUAUUGAUCAUUGGUGCUUAUUGUUUCAAAUGUAGAAGAACAUGAAUUACCAACCAACAGGAAAAUGUUUUGGAAUUUAACAAACAAAGAAACUUUUUAUGUUGUUCAAUGUUUGUUUUAGAAACUUUUUGCACAUUACUUGGAUGUGGACAAAUGUGUGAUCAAUUUAGAUAGCUAGUAGUAAUAUGAUCUGUGAUACUGAUAGACUGUUAAUAUAAGAAUACAUGAUUUUAAAUUGUUAAUGCGGAGAAAUACAUGUUGUUUUUUUAGAUAUCAAAAUGUAGUUUUGUGUUGUUUUGUUGCAUCAUCAGGAGUACUCAUGUUUGUUUUACUGUAGUGAUUUGUAGACAUUGGUGUGUUCUGGGGUUUUAUUUGUUUGCAUAUAUAUGAUUUGUCAACUGUUUUUCUGGAAUGGGAAUUACUGCAAUCCCUGUCAACUCUUUGCUCUUCACACGUGGAAUUCACUAUCCAAUUGUUUUUUUUUUUUGUUUCACAGUGAUAUUGCCAUGGCAACAGUAUUAUUAAUAAUAUUUUUCACAUAUUACUUCGUUAUCAUAUGUAUAUUUUAUACACGAUUAUUUAUUUCUUUACAGUCAUACAUUAAUAAAUUCAAUAAAAAUCA